AUGAUAGAACCAGGAAGGUGGCCAUCACCAGGCAAAAGGACCUCCGAGUCCAGCAGCAGCAGGAAGAAGGGAAAGGAGCCAAGUUUAUGGAAGGACACCAUUCUAGCCACUUUUUGGGAAUACACGGAACGAACAAAGUUGAGCGGCAUGUGGCUGAUGCGCCGCAAUCGCACCCACGGCCUGUCCAGGUUCAUCUGGUCCUCGGUUCUGCUGCAGCUGCUCCUGCUGAGCAUCUACCUCACCCUGUUGCUCUGGCUCAAGUUCUACUCCUACCCCAUCCUGAACACCAUUUCCAAUGACCUCUCCAUCACGGACGUUGCCUUUCCGGGCGUGACCAUUUGCAGUCCAAAGGUGGUCAACUCUGAGCGGGUCGAUCGUUAUGUGAAGACGCUAAAGAUUCCCAAGGAGUACGACAUCGCAGAGGUGAUCGCCGGUUUUGACUUCCUCAACGCAUUCACCGACCAGAGUUUCGAGCCUCCAGCUCAUGACAGCUAUCGGGCAACGGAUGCCGUCCUCCGGCUUAACAAUGUGUCCACCUGGGAGGCGGCGAUGGCCGUGAGUCCGGGAUGCUACGACUUUGUGAAGCGCUGCUUCUGGGGCCACACGGAGUUCCAGUGCAACCAGAGCCACGAGUACCUGUCGUUUAUUCCGACGACGGCGUAUUUGGGUCCCUGUUGCUCCUUCAACUACAAUCCGCGCAACGCCAGUUUUGUGCCCUUCUCGGCCAACAUCUUUGGCAUGGACGGCGGCCUGACCUUUGUGGGUGCGGAGGGCAGUGAGCGCAACCUGAACACCGGCCUCAUCGUCCUGGUGCACCAUCCGAUGGAUUACGUUACGGAGUCGGCCGCCUCGGUCACAAUCACGGCGCGAUCAGAGAGCUUUGUGGAGGUCUCGCCCACGGUGCAGAGUUCUUCGGCGGAGGUCUUGGAGCUCUCGGAACGGAAGAGGGACUGCCUCAUCUCGGACGACUUGCAGCUGAGGAGCUAUCGCCAGGCAGCCUGCCUGCUCGCCUGCCAGACACAGGCCAUUGUCCAGAAGUGCGGUUGCCAUCCGUAUCUGCUGCCCAUCGUGGGCAACAAGUUCAAGGAGUGCAACCUAAACGACACCUUCUGCUACGCGGAGAACUAUGACAACUUUAAGAGCGUGCGAUGUGACCAGUGCCUGCCCAAUUGCUACGAUGUAACCUACUCCACGCUCUCCUACAGAACGGAUCUCAACCAGCACAGGUUCUCAGUGAGCCGAUACUACUCGCAGGAGCUGCUCAACAAUGAUAGCUUCGUACUACGAGUCUAUCUGGCCAAGCAAGUCGUCCCAGUCAUCCGGAAAGUGACAGUUAUGUCUUGGGUUGGAUUACUAUCGGAUUUGGGUGGUAUUUUCAACCUCUGCCUAGGAUUAAGCAUGAUUUCUGUGGUCGAGUUUUUUUAUUACUGCACUUAUCGCUUGUACAUCAAUUAUCAACUGCAGAAGGCUCAGCUACCUAGAAAGGCGUGGCAAUAG